CUGUCAAGUACUCAACUGACUAUUGACGACUCGAUUACAGAAAAUUUGGGGAAAACUUCGUUCAUUAUUUUAACGUUUCAUGUGAUUGUACGUUAGAAUCAUUAAUAAAAUCGAAAGUGAAAAUGUUCAGUUAUCGUUGAUAGUACGAUCGUAAGUUUAUAAAUAAAUAAAAACGUCGUGAAUCGUGUGACGUUACCAAAAAUAUGUGCUAAAACUUGCAAAAUGAUAUGGAAUGUGGAUAUAUCAUUAAUUCUACGAUGAAGGGUGGACUGUGUAUCAUCUACACGUCUUUGCUGACUAUUUCCGUGAUUUCUAGCUGUGCACUCUUUAUUCUUGUUGUCUCAGAGGCUCUAAACGAGGGUGUAGAUAAGAGCGUUGACCUAUCAGGCCUUCACAAUGUUAGCCAGAAGAGUAGCACUAUCAGUAAUGAUGGGGUUGAUGAACCAAACAUACCGGCAGAAGUUUCACAAUUUGCACACACCGAGCCAGUGGAAGCACAGGAACCUGAGAGACAAGAGAUGACCUUCCCUGAGUCGUUGUCUCUGAACUCUGUGACCACCGAUGGAUUACCUGACACAGGGCAGCCUCCGGUUCUCAUAUCGUUCGGGGAUAACGCGAAAUUGGACCUGGGCAAUACGGAUGAACUAAUGUUCGUAAAUGACUCCGACGAGCACAACGACACCAAGGCAUUUUCAAUCGUCGACACCGAAACAUCAAAGGUUGAAAGUGAAACAGACAGCUUAGAAGACAAACCGAGCACAGAACCGAGAUUGGUUGUGAAAGCGGUCCCCAAACAUGAACUGAAACAAACAGAAGAUGCAUCUCAACCAGACGGAGAAGUCUUAGAAUCUCAAGUUGAAGAACAAAUGGACGAAGAACCGGUUCACGUUCCAGUCAAACCAGAAACCCCGCAAGAAGACAUCCCCUCGUUUUCGGAGUGGGCGCAGAAACAACUCGCCGAGGCAGAGAAACAGGACACAGUACUGAAUCACUCGAGUCAACCUAGUCAUAGUAAUACUAAUUUUAGUAGUAAGAGCGUGAAGUUGCGGUCGAAGAACUACGCGUCGCUGGCGUGCGGCGCCAAGGUCGUCGCCGUCAACCCGGAGGCGGGCUCGCCCAGCUCCAUCCUCUCCCCCAACCGGGACGAGUACAUGCUCAACACGUGCAACAGUCGCAUUUGGUUCGUCGUCGAACUCUGCGAAGCUGUUCAAGCUCAAAAAAUAGAGAUAGCUAACUUCGAGUUGUUCUCUUCAACUCCCAAAGACAUCGCCGUUUACUUUAGCGAUCGGUUCCCGACGCGAGACUGGGCUAGCGUCGGACAGUUCACCGCCCAAGACAUGAGAGACGUGCAAAGCUUCGACCUGUACCCACAUCUAUUCGGCAAGUUCAUAAAAGUCGAGAUGCUUUCGCAUCACGGCUCUGAGCAUUAUUGUCCGAUUUCGCUGUUCAAAGUGUACGGCACUUCAGAGUUUGAGGUGCUAGAGAAGGAGAAUUCGCAACAUCCCGCUCAUAUCGACGAGGACGAAGACGACGAGAUAAUAGACGUUCCCGACGUGCCGGCCGCCGAGACGGAGCCCUCCAAGAACCUGUUCGGGUCCGCGCGGGACGCCGUCAUGUCCAUCAUGAAGAAGGCGGCCCAGGCGUUAGUCAAAACGGAAGUUCCUAAAAACGUGUCGUCCGAACACAACGACACGUUGGCAGACGACGCGUACAGACGCUGUUGCUCUCCCAGCCAUAUUAUAGUGUGUGAUAAUUGCAGUGAGUCGCUGUACAAUGACGUAUACGAACUCAUUAGUUGUAACUCGGACAAAUUAGUUAGUUUAAUGCGUCAAGGAUUCCUUCGCGAUACCUUGAAGUGCACUGGCAUCUGCCAACAGUUCGGUUUAGAUUUUAAAAGUACAAAGACAAUAGAGUUUAGUGAUGAGCGUGUCGCUUACAUGAACGCGUUGUUCCCGCAAAAGUAUUUAGCCGCCUUGUGUAAUAUAUUAGCGAUAAAAGAGAAGAAGGUCGUUUUGAAUACGAGCUUUGAAAACGAACAUAACGUUACUAGUGAUAACAGUACUGAAGAGUCGCCGCAGAUUGUGAAUAGCGGAACUAGCGGCGAACAAGAGAUCAAGUUGGCUCCCGACAAUAGCAACGGCUCCGAUGAUAGAAUCAAUGAAACAACGCAAAGUGAUGAGAUACCAAUUGAUACGCUCAACGAUAGCAGCACGUUACCUGUGGAACUUCUCCCAGAAGAAGUUGACAACAUGGAGGAUAAGAAAGAAGACGUUAUCGUCGCAGAGGAGACUUCAGGAGAUGAACCCCAAGAAUUUAUAGCACCGAAUAUUGAUAAAUCUAUAGAAAUAGCGACGGAGCAAGAAAACAAAGAUGGACUUUUGAAAACAGAAAUUAAAAACGGCAAGGAAGUCACAGAGAAGAGAGAGGGUAAUGGCGAAGAAUCGAAUGAUCAGCUGAUGAUGGAGAAUGACAAUUUCAUUUCGGAUAUCGAUCAGAUAGCCGCGGACCCCGCGCCGCCCGGCGCUCCCAACACGCAGAACCAAAAUCAGCAGCAGACCACUCUGCAGAAGGAAUCUGUUUUUUUGCGUCUCUCUAACAGAGUAAAGACCCUAGAACGCAACAUGUCUCUAUCGGGACAAUACUUAGAAGAGUUGAGCAGGAGGUACAAGAGACAAGUGGAAGAGAUGCAGAAGACUUUCGAGAAGACUGUCCAGCAGAUGACAGAGGAGAAGAGGAAAACGAAUGAACGAGAACAGAAAUAUUUGGAACAAAUGAGCAGUCUCCAGGAACAACUGACCCAGAUGACGUCAGCAAUGCACGUACUCAUGGAAGAGAGAGACAGCUGGUUCGGAAACAUUAACUUCUUCAGAUUCAUCAUCUUCCAAGCUAUCAUUGUGGCUCUAGUUAUAUACUACGUGUCGAAACGAAGAAGAAUCGAACCGAUAUUAGUACCGGUUCCGAGAAAAACAAGAAAGAAACAGGACAAGUUGAGGCGAAAAUCUGUUGAAGGAGUCAGUGGACACGCCACGCCUUCCACCAAGAAACGGAGACCCAGCGAGGAGGCUCUGCAGAUAGCCAGACAAGCCGUUGAGGACACCAAGGGCAGCAACGAAGGAGAGUGGCAGGUGGCUCGUAAGAACAGAAGGAGAAAAACUUGUAUAGUACUUAACACGGAGACAGCGGCCAAGAGUUGGACCCGGCAGGACAGCAUCGGGAAGCUGCAGGAGAACACCAUAACCUUGGAUGAUGACGAGUACGUGGCGCCCGUGUCCGAGCCCAAGCAGUUUAACGCGGACGUGGAGCCGCCCAAACCGGACUACACCAAGACGAAUGGCUUCUUCAACAACUUGAAAACAAAAACCAUGAAGACCAGGAGACUGUCAUCACCUGCAUUUUUGCGAACGUUCAGCCGCCAGAGCACCAGGAGCACCCCCAGCCCCGUCGUGAGGAGUGAGGAGCCGAUCUUCAACGGGAACGCGAAGAAGAAGGCCGCCUCGGAGUCACCCACCGGGAGCCUCUGGUCGGAGUCCACGGAGUUGUCCCCGCAGGACAGCGAGAGCAGUGGCAGUAAAAAAAAGAAAAGUCUGAAGAAUAUAUUGAAGAAAGUGUUUUAAUUGUGGACGCCUUCGAUCGUAAACUUAGCUUAUGUUGUUACUUUUGUAAUUUAUUUCUAUGCGAAUAUUAAUUGUACCGUUUUUUAAAUUAUUAUUUGUAUAAAUUAUGGUAAUUGUUAUAUAGGGAGACCUCAUAGGUGCCAAUUGUGAUAAAUUAGAGAGCCUAAACGUUUGUUGCGGUGUGUUCCGUUCGGUGUAGUGGCGGCGGGUGCGCGCUCGCCGAGCACUAGUCCCGGGUUAUGUUUGGAAAAUGAAAACGGCAUUAAAUGCGUCAUUUUA